AUGGACACUGUGAACAAGAUGAUGUCGAGCGCUCACACGCACGGCAAGGAUUCGUGCUCGAAGGACCCGGCUGGCUGCAUGCGUGCUGUUGUGUGGACGGGCAAGUCGGUGAAGCUGGAACAUAUUUCCAAGCCCAAGAUCAUGGAAGCAUCCGAUGUGGUGGUGAAGGUCACUGCUUGCUCUGUGAGCCCAGACUUUGCGACAGAUGUGUGCGGGAACGCUGCUGGGCUAGAGAAGGAUCAGGUGCUGGGCAGUGAAGCGGUUGGCAUUGUCGACAGCGUAGGCGCAGAGGUGCACAAAGUGAAGGAGGGAGACCGUGUUGCCAUCAGCUUUGUGCUUGCCUGUGGCAAGUGUAAGCAUUGCCGUCGACAGGAGUACGCGGCGUGCAACUGCACGAACGCAUCGCAGGAGUUUAAGCAGACCUACGGUGGCUGGGCUCCAGCUGCUGUGCUCGGUAGCACCCGUAUGCUGGGCAACGUGCCAGGCGUGCAGGCUGAGUAUGUCCGUGUGCCCUUUGGCGACGUCAACUGCUUUAAGCUGCCAUCGGGUGUCAGCGACGACAAGGCGGUUUUGGGAGUGGAGACGACAGCAACGGCACUCCACGCUGUGGACACAGCCGCAGUGGGAGAAGGAGACCAUGUGGUCAUUUGGGGCCUCGGUCCCAUUGGGCUCCAAGCGGCUCACUGGUGCAAGCUGCGUGGUGCGAAGAAGGUGGUGGGCAUUGAGCAGUGCCCCGAGCGACUCAAGUUUGCUCAUGAUCACAUGAAUUUGGAUGUGGUCGACCGCCGAGACCUGAGCAGCGCCCAGGUAGUGGCGAAAGUGCAGCAAAUGCUUCCACCCGCUGGUGCCGAUGCGGUGAUUGAUGCAAGUGGAAGCUCGACAUCCAGCGGGUUUUUGGCCAAGCUGGAGAAGUCGAUUGGGAUGGAGAAACAGCCAGAACCUACGGAUACGCUCAAAGAGUUGCUGAUGAUCGUGCGGAAGUGUGGCCACGUUUCGAUCGUGUCUGACUACAUGCGCUCUGUUGGCUCGUUCCCGAUUGGCCCCGUCGCAAUGAAGGGUGUGACUGUCCACGCUGGACGUGCGCCGGCGCAGAAGUACUAUCCCCAGGUGUUCGGCGCGAUCGAAAGCGGCGAAUUGGAUCCAUCGGUCCUGAUCUCGCACCGCUUGGCUCUUGAAGAGUUGCCGGAAGCGUACUCGCGUAUCGCAAAGAAGGACAGUGGUUUCUUGAAAGUAUUUGUGGCGCCCCACGAGAUGCGCGCCAAGUCGUAA